UUGUGUUUUAGAGCUGUUUCUGGAACUGAUGCUAAUGGACAAAUUACCCAGCAAACACAGUUAUUUCUUAAGUGCCCAGAGCAUUGUCACAGUGUUGAAAUGGUUUAAAAUAUAUGUGAUGGAAAAAGACAGCUUCUGAAAAAAUUACCAGAGACCACAUAGAAUGCACAAAUUAUGAGUUUCUUUAAUUUUACCAAAUUGAAAACCUCUGCAAUAUCAAACCAAGCUGAACUGCUUGAAGUUUUGAACAAGGAGUGGCAUAAAGUUAUCCAAAAACAGUGUGUAAGACUGGUGGAGGAGAACAUGCCAAGAUGGAUGAAAACUGUGAUUAAAAACCAGGUUUAUUCUACCAAAUAUAGAUUUCUGAAAACUCUUAAACUUUUUAAUUAUGAACUUGUUUUCGUUGCAUUAUUUGAGGUCUGAAAGCUCUGCAUCGUUUUUUGUUAUUUCUGCCAUUUCCCAUUUUUUGCAAAUAAAUGCUCUAAAUGACAAUUUAGAAUUAGAAAUCAUUUGGAAUUUGGGAGAAAUGUCUAGUUUAUAGAAUAAAACAGCAAUGUUUAUUUUACUUAAACAUAUACCUUUAAAUAGCAAAAUCAGACAAACGUAUUCAUAAACUGAAGUGGUCUCUUAAUUUUUUUCAGAACUGUAUAUGUCAAGAAAUAGAUGAUUAAAAGUGAUAGUAAGGUCGUGACAAUGCAUGAGAUGUUUUUUGAUAAAACGCAAACCGUGCAGGAUUAGGAUAACGUAGCAACUUUGUAAAAAAAAAAAAAAAAAAAAAAGUAGCAUAUUGUUAUGACUGUGCGUGAGUCUAAAUGGAUUAGCUGAGCAGUUGUAACUGGGCUUUAUCUAAAUGAAGGUAGGGUGAGUAGUGGUUGAGGUUUUUAUUCUAGCGCCCUGGACGCUAUCUAUCCGCUGCUGCGGCGGUGACGACCCGCGCGUGCAAUCAUUUAAAAUUCAAAUUCAAAAUUAAACGGUCAGCUGAACCAACGGUCACCUGAAGCCCCACAGCAGAGCAACUUCGUUAAAUUUGCGUAUUAAAGUUACGUUAAUUCUCACAAUUGUAAUGAAAUUGCUCUUUUAUAUUCCUUUCAGCAGAGUGUCAUUAGGUUUAUGCGUUUUGUUAAUCAAAUAAUUCUACCUCAUGUUAAUUUUUCGUGUCCUUGGAACCUAAAUGUAGGAUUAACGUUAGUUUGCUUAAAGUUUUGCCAGCCAGGCUAAGGCAGUCCAUGCGGAGUUUGAUACGUGCAGAGGUAGGAUUACAUGAAAACGGUGGCGAUGUCUCCAGGAGAGGACGGCCUAAUUGGGAUCCCCUUCCCGGAGCAUAGCAGCGAGCUCCUGUCCCGCCUCAAUGCACAGCGGCGCUCCGGUCUGCUUUGUGACCUCACGUUGACGUCACGUGGUGCCCGAUAUCCCACACACCGAUCAGUCAUGGCUGCUGUUAGCCUUUACUUCCGCCGGCUCUUUGGGGCAGAGGAGGGUGCGGACGGCACAGAGGGAAGCGUAGGCACAGGAUGCAGUGUGUGCCAGCUAGACUGUGUAUCACCAGAUGCUUUGGACGCCCUCCUGGAGUUUGCCUAUACAGCCACACUUACCAUCCGUAGCUCAGGUAUGCGGGAGGUAAUGGAGGGAGCCCAGCUGCUUGGGAUCCAGUGUGUGGCUGAUGCCUGCCGCCACAUCCUGGGUGAGGCGGGUGAGGCAGGUAAGGAGGCUCCACGUCCUGUGGAUGAGGAUGGCUAUCGAGCGCAGUCACGCAGAAAACAGGACCGUCGCAAUGUAGCUAAGGCCUGGAGAAACACGCAAACUCCCGAGCCAAUCAGACACCCCUUGUCUGAAUAUGAAUUACCCACCAGCCCAAAGCAGCAGGAACAUCCACAAAAUGGAGCAACCAGAGGCGGUCAGCAGGGGCUUGUGUUAAAUGGAGGAGGAGACCGCCAGCAGCCGCAAGAAGACGUGCCCUCAGAGGAAGAGGAGGAGGAGUCAAGGGGUGAACGGCCAGUUAGUUCUCUUCCUUUUGAUCUUACUGUGCAAGCUGAAGCAGGGCGGUCAGUAGGUGGUGGCAGAAAGAGGAAAUCUCAGACACCGCAGCAGUGUCCCGUGUGCCAGAAGAUCAUCCAUGGUGCGGGAAAGCUUCCACGCCAUAUGAGAACGCACACAGGAGAGAAGCCCUUCCAGUGCAUGGCCUGUGGAGUCCGGUUCACAAGGAAUGAUAAGCUUAAGAUCCACAUGAGGAAGCACACUGGUGAACGCCCAUAUCCCUGCCCUAGCUGCCCUGCCCGCUUCCUGCACUCGUACGAUCUUAAGAACCACCUGUCUUUGCACAGCGGUGACCGCCCCUAUGAGUGCCCACUGUGCCACAAGGCCUUUGCCCGCGAGGACCAUCUCCAGCGCCACCGCAAGGGACACAGCUGCCUGGAGUUCCGCACACGCAGGCCACGGAAAGUGCCUGAGGAGCACUCAUCCCCUCCAGACCAGCUGCAGCAUGGUACACUCCGACUGCCUCCAACAUCAGUCUGCUCCUCUGCUGGCCAGCUCUUGUUCCAGCAGGACAACCCAGGAGCAGCUCCAUGUAGACCAGCCCUGCUGGACUCAGGUGGGGUUAGCUAUCCCAGCAUUCUGUGGAGGGCCAUGGAGGGCCACCACAGGGCUGCUAGUAUGGAAGAGCGGGAGAGCAGUGCCUCUCUCACAAACAUAAUGUGGGAAGAGGAGGAUGAGGAGGAGGAGGAUGAGGAAGAUGGAGAAGAGGAAGAGUCUUGCACGCAGAUCAAAUAUGGUGACAGACGAAUCAGGGAAUGAGAGAGGAAGCACCUGGUCUUUCUGUCAUUUUAUUCAUGACCAGUUUUCCUCAUCAUGCAGAGGAGAGCAGGAGCACUUAAAGCUCAAACCUGAAACCAAACUUUAAAAUGAAAAAGAAAAAAAAAAACUAAAUAGGAGAAACGGGUUUUCUGACUAUUCCACUGUCGUUUUAAAGACCUCUAUUUUGCUUCAGUUUCUUUUUGUUUUGGUUUUAUUAUUUUAUGUUGCCAGUUUGUGUUCAGAUUUAAUUAUAUUGCUUUAUCAAUUGAAAAAAAAUGUAAUAUAAAUUUAUUUUGUUAAUAAUAUAUUGCAAGCAGGGGUGGAUGUUGUUGCUGAUGCUAUGCAAAAAUGACAGUGAGUUUGGCGUAAGAGGACGGUACAAUAAAAAAAAAUGAGUGUA